AUGCCGCCAAGAUUCUUCAGGAGAAGAGGAAGAGGCAAGGGGCCAAUCACCGCCCCCAAUAAUAAUGAAGCUGGACCGUCGAAUGCGCGAGCUCCAUCUACCAUGGAGAGUGACGAUCCGCGGCAGAACCGGAGGAACCUCUUUGAGCCGGCUAGACGGUCGGUCUCACACAGUUCAACACCUCCUAACCCUUAUGGGCCACAACCAGAUUAUGAGCCCAACAACCCUCAACCUUCAUACAUACCAUUACAGCGAUCCUUAUCGCACAACUCUUUCGACGACAGGGACGAGGAUACGGACCCUGUCGAGCCUGCCAGUGGCACACCAAACCACCUGAUAGAGAUCUCGGAUGGAUCUUCCUUCCACGGAUCACCCUAUGUUGGUCCAGAUAGCUUUCAAGCUAUGUUUACCAGGCACGAAUGGUACUAUACGCCUCCUCGCCAUACAUCGCCUCAGCAGCAGCAACAACAGCAACAAGAUCCCUCUGAGGAUCCAAGGUUUGUGGCAGUCACGCCACCACCUCCGCCGCCACCAGUUCAACCGGCACCCCCGCAACCACCAAGGCGUAGGAGAACCGGAGCGCGCAUAUCUGCGCGAACAGGAGACUUUCAUUUUAGUUCUCCACUCCAAUCAAGUGGCAGCCACUACCCGCCACAUCAAGAAGAUCCGCAAAUGGGUAGGCCUUCACACCCAGUUGCACUACAACCACCGCCUAUGGGUUUUGAUAACCCAAUUCCGGCAUACACGGGUUCCAUGGCGUACAACCCGUUUGAGCAGCCAGUACACACCAACUACAAUUACGCCGAAGCCGAUCCGUACGUGGUAGCGGCUAACUAUAACACCCAAGGACCCUAUGGAGAUCCAUGGGGAGUAGGGUACCCAACUCAUGGGUGCAAGAUACCUGCAAGACCUAUUAUACGGACACAAUCGCAACCACCAAGGUUCUCUCCACCUGAGCGUGAAGAAAUUCUGCAAAGGUUGGACUAUGUAGAGCGAGAAUUUCACAGGGAGCGAAGGGAGCGACAAACGUUCUUCCAAGGAUUGACAAGCUUGAUCAAAGGAAAGAGCAAGAAGGACCACUGA